AUGCCUCUCCCUCCCUGCCGCUCCCAACGCCAUGCCUCUCCCUCCCUGCCGCUACACCACCCCAACGCCAUGCCUCUCCCUCCCUGCCGCUCCCAACGCCAUGCCUCUCCCUCCCUGCCGCUCCCAACGCCAUGCCUCUCCCUCCCUGCCGCUCCCAACGCCAUGCCUCUUCCCUCCCUGCCGCUCCCAACGCCAUGCCUCUCCCUCCCUGCCGCUCCCAACGCCAUGCCUCCUCUCCCUCCCUGCCGCUCCCAACGCCAUGCCUCUCCCUCCCUGCCGCUCCCAACGCCAUGCCUCUCCCUCCCUGCCGCUCCCAACGCCAUGCCUCUCCUCCCUGCCGCUCCCAACGCCAUGCCUCUCCCUCCCUGCCGCUCCCAACGCCAUGCCUCUCCCUCCCUGCCGCUCCCAACGCCAUGCCUCUCCCUCCCUGCCGCUCCCAACGCCAUGCCUCUCCCUCCUGCCGCUCCCACGCCAUGCCUCUCCCUCCCUGCCGCUCCAACGCCAUGCCUCUCCCUCCCUGCCAGCUUCCCAACGCCAUGCCUCUCCCUCCCUGCCGCUCCCAACGCCAUGCCUCUCCCUCCCUGCCGCUCCAACGCCAUGCCUCUCCCUCCUGCCGCUCCCAACGCCAUGCCUCUCCCUCCCUGCCGCUCCCAACGCCAUGCCUCUCCCUCCCUGCCGCUCCCAACGCCAUGCCUCUCCCUCCCUGCCGCUCCCAACGCCAUGCCUCUCCCUCCCUGCCGCUCCCAACGCCAUGCCUCUCCCUCCCUGCCGCUCCCAACGCCAUGCCUCUCCCUCCCUGCCGCUCCCACGCCAUGCCUCUCCCUCCCUGCCGCUCCCAACGCCAUGCCUCUCCCUCCCUGCCGCUCCCAACGCCAUGCCUCUCCCUCCCUGCCGCUCCAACGCCAUGCCUCUCCCUCCCUGCCGCUCCCAACGCCAUGCCUCUCCCUCCCUGCCGCUCCCAACGCCAUGCCUCUCCCUCCCUGCCGCUCCCAACGCCAUGCCUCUCCCUCCCUGCCGCUCCCAACGCCAUGCCUCUCCCUCCCUGCCGCUCCCAACGCCAUGCCCCUGCUCUCCCUCCCUGCCGCUCCCAACGCCAUGCCUCUCCCUCCCUGCCCGCCCUCCCAACGCCAUGCCUCUCCCUCCCUGCCGCUCCCAACGCCAUGCCUCUCCCUCCCUGCCGCUCCCAACGCCAUGCCUCUCCCUCCCUGCCGCUCCCAAACGCCAUGCCUCUCCCUCCCUGCCGCUCCCAACGCCAUGCCCUCUCCCUCCCUGCCGCUCCCAACGCCAUGCCUCCUCCCUCCCUGCCGCUCCCAACGCCAUGGCCUCUCCCUCCCUGCCGCUCCCAACGCCAUGCCUCUCCCUCCCUGCCGCUCCCAACGCCAUGCCUCUCCCUCCCUGCCGCUCCCAACGCCAUGCCUCUCCCUCCCUGCCGCUCCCAACGCCAUGCCUCUCCCUCCCUGCCGCUCCCAACGCCAUGCCUCUCCCUCCCUGCCGCUCCCAACGCCAUGCCUCUCCCUCCCUGCCGCUCCCAACGCCAUGCCUCUCCCUCCCUGCCGCUCCCAACGCCAUGCCUCUCCUCCCUGCCGCUCCCAACGCCAUGCCUCUCCCUCCCUGCCGCUCCCAACGCCAUGCCUCUCCCUCCCUGCCGCUCCCAACGCCAUGCCUCUCCCUCCCUGCCGCUCCCAACGCCAUGCCUCUCCCUCCCUGCCGCUCCCAACGCCAUGCCUCUCCCUCCCUGCCGCUCCCAACGCCAUGCCUCUCCCUCCCUGCCGCUCCCAACGCCAUGCCUCUCCCUCCCUGCCGCUCCCAACGCCAUGCCUCUCCCUCCCUGCCGCUCCCAACGCCAUGCCUCUCCCUCCCUGCCGCUCCCAACGCCAUGCCUCUCCCUCCCUGCCGCUCCCAACGCCAUGCCUCUCCCUCCCUGCCGCUCCCAACGCCAUGCCUCUCCCUCCCUGCCGCUCCCAACGCCAUGCCUCUCCCUCCCUGCCGCUCCCAACGCCAUGCCUCUCCCUCCCUGCCGCUCCCAACGCCAUGCCUCUCCCUCCCUGCCGCUCCCAACGCCAUGCCUCUCCCUCCCUGCCGCUCCCAACGCCAUGCCUCUCCCUCCCUGCCGCUCCCAACGCCAUGCCUCUCCCUCCCUGCCGCUCCCAACGCCAUGCCUCUCCCUCCCUGCCGCUCCCAACGCCAUGCCUCUCCCUCCCUGCCGCUCCCAACGCCAUGCCUCUCCCUCCCUGCCGCUCCCAACGCCAUGCCUCUCCCUCCCUGCCGCUCCCAACGCCAUGCCUCUCCCUCCCUGCCGCUCCCAACGCCAUGCCUCUCCCUCCCUGCCGCUCCCAACGCCAUGCCUCGCCUCUCCCUCCCUGCCGCUCCCAACGCCAUGCCUCUCCCUCCCUGCCGCUCCCAACGCCAUGCCUCUCCUCCCUGCCGCUCCCAACGCCAUGCCUCUCCCUCCCUGCCGCUCCCAACGCCAUGCCUCUCCCUCCCUGCCGCUCCCAACGCCAUGCCUCUCCCUCCCUGCCGCUCCCAACGCCAUGCCUCUCCCUCCCUGCCGCUCCCAACGCCAUGCCUCUCCCUCCCUGCCGCUCCCAACGCCAUGCCUCUCCCUCCCUGCCGCUCCCAACGCCAUGCCUCUCCCUCCCUGCCGCUCCCAACGCCAUGCCUCUCCCUCCCUGCCGCUCCCAACGCCAUGCCUCUCCCUCCCUGCCGCUCCCAACGCCAUGCCUCUCCCUCCCUGCCGCUCCCAACGCCAUGCCUCUCCCUCCCUGCCGCUCCCAACGCCAUGCCUCUCCCUCCCUGCCGCUCCCAACGCCAUGCCUCUCCCUCCCUGCCGCUCCCAACGCCAUGCCUCUCCCUCCCUGCCGCUCCCAACGCCAUGCCUCUCCCUCCCUGCCGCUCCCAACGCCAUGCCUCUCCCUCCCUGCCGCUCCCAACGCCAUGCCUCUCCCUCCCUGCCGCUCCCAACGCCAUGCCUCUCCCUCCCUGCCGCUCCCAACGCCAUGCCUCUCCCUCCCUGCCCGCUCCCAACGCCAUGCCUCUCCCUCCCUGCCGCUCCCAACGCCAUGCCUCUCCCUCCCUGCCGCUCCCAACGCCAUGCCUCUCCCUCCCUGCCGCUCCCAACGCCAUGCCUCUCCCUCCCUGCCGCUCCCAACGCCAUGCCUCUCCCUCCCUGCCGCUCCCAACGCCAUGCCUCUCCCUCCCUGCCGCUCCCAACGCCAUGCCUCUCCCUCCCUGCCGCUCCCAACGCCAUGCCUCUCCCUCCCUGCCGCUCCCAACGCCAUGCCUCUCUCCCUCCCUGCCGCUCCCAACGCCAUGCCUCUCCCUCCCUGCCGCUCCCAACGCCAUGCCUCUCCCUCCCUGCCGCUCCCAACGCCAUGCCUCUCCCUCCCUGCCGCUCCCAAACGCCAUGCCUCUCCCUCCCUGCCGCUCCCAACGCCAUGCCUCUCCCUCCCUGCCGCUCCCAACGCCAUGCCUCUCCCUCCCUGCCGCUCCCAACGCCAUGCCUCUCCCUCCCUGCCGCUCCCAACGCCAUGCCUCUCCCUCCCUGCCGCUCCCAACGCCAUGCCUCUCCCUCCCUGCCGCUCCCAACGCCAUGCCUCUCCCUCCCUGCCGCUCCCAACGCCAUGCCUCUCCCUCCCUGCCGCUCCCAACGCCAUGCCUCUCCCUCCCUGCCGCUCCCAACGCCAUGCCUCUCCCUCCUGCCGCUCCCAACGCCAUGCCUCUCCCUCCCUGCCGCUCCCAACGCCAUGCCUCUCCCUCCCUGCCGCUCCCAACCGCCAUGCCUCUCCUCCCUGCCGCUCCCAACGCCAUGCCUCUCCCUCCCUGCCGCUCCCAACGCCAUGCCCUCUCCCUCCCUGCCGCUCCCAACGCCAUGCCUCUCCCUCCCUGCCGCUCCCAACGCCAUGCCUCUCCCUCCCUGCCGCUCCCAACGCCAUGCCUCUCCCUCCCUGCCGCUCCCAACGCCAUGCCUCUCCCUCCCUGCCGCUCCCAACGCCAUGCCUCUCCCUCCCUGCCGCUCCCAACGCCAUGCCUCUCCCUCCCUGCCGCUCCAACGCCAUGCCUCUCCCUCCCUGCCGCUCCCAACGCCAUGCCUCUCCCUCCCUGCCGCUCCCAACGCCAUGCCUCUCCCUCCCUGCCGCUCCCACGCCAUGCCUCUCCCUCCCUGCCGCUCCCAACGCCAUGCCUCUCCUCCCUGCCGCUCCCAACGCCAUGCCUCUCCCUCCCUGCCGCUCCCAACGCCAUGCCUCUCCCUCCCUGCCGCUCCAACGCCAUGCCUCUCCCUCCCUGCCGCUCCCAACGCCAUGCCUCUCCCUCCCUGCCGCUCCCAACGCCAUGCCUCUCCCUCCCUGCCGCUCCCAACGCCAUGCCUCUCCCUCCCUGCCGCUCCCAACGCCAUGCCUCUCCCUCCCUGCCGCUCCCAACGCCAUGCCUCUCCCUCCCUGCCGCUCCCAACGCCAUGCCUCUCCCUCCCUGCCGCUCCCAACGCCAUGCCUCUCCCUCCCUGCCGCUCCCAACGCCAUGCCUCUCCCUCCCUGCCGCUCCCAACGCCAUGCCUCUCCCUCCCUGCCGCUCCCAACGCCAUGCCUCUCCCUCCCUGCCGCUCCCAACGCCAUGCCUCUCCCUCCCUGCCGCUCCCAACGCCAUGCCUCUCCCUCCCUGCCGCUCCCAACGCCAUGCCUCUCCCUCCCUGCCGCUCCCAACGCCAUGCCUCUCCCUCCCUGCCGCUCCCAACGCCAUGCCUCUCCCUCCCUGCCGCUCCCAACGCCAUGCCUCUCCCUCCCUGCCGCUCCCAACGCCAUGCCUCUCCCUCCCUGCCGCUCCCAACGCCAUGCCUCUCCCUCCCUGCCGCUCCCAACGCCAUGCCUCUCCCUCCCUGCCGCUCCCAACGCCAUGCCUCUCCCUCCCUGCCGCUCCCAACGCCAUGCCUCUCCCUCCCUGCCGCUCCCAACGCCAUGCCUCUCCCUCCCUGCCGCUCCAACGCCAUGCCUCUCCCUCCCUGCCGCUCCCAACGCCAUGCCUCUCCCUCCCUGCCGCUCCCAACGCCAUGCCUCUCCCUCCCUGCCGCUCCCAACGCCAUGCCUCUCCCUCCCUGCCGCUCCCAACGCCAUGCCUCUCCCUCCCUGCCGCUCCCAACGCCAUGCCUCUCCCUCCCUGCCGCUCCCAACGCCAUGCCUCUCCCUCCCUGCCGCUCCCAACGCCAUGCCUCUCCCUCCCUGCCGCUCCCAACGCCAUGCUCUCCCUCCCUGCCGCUCCCAACGCCAUGCCUCUCCCUCCCUGCCGCUCCCAACGCCAUGCCUCUCCCUCCCUGCCGCUCCCAACGCCAUGCCUCUCCCUCCCUGCCGCUCCCAACGCCAUGCCUCUCCCUCCCUGCCGCUCCCAACGCCAUGCCUCUCCCUCCCUGCCGCUCCCAACGCAUGGCCUCUCCCUCCCUGCCGCUCCAACGCCAUGCCUCUCCCUCCCUGCCGCUCCCAACGCCAUGCCUCUCCCUCCCUGCCGCUCCCAACGCCAUGCCUCUCCCUCCCUGCCGCUCCCAACGCCAUGCCUCUCCCUCCUGCGCUCACGCCAUGCUCUCACUCCUGCCGCUCCCAACGCCAUGCCUCUCCCUCCCUGCCGCUCCCAACGCCAUGCCUCUCCCUCCCUGCCGCUCCCAACGCCAUGCCUCUCCCUCCCUGCCGCUCCCAACGCCAUGCCUCUCCCUCCCUGCCGCUCCCAACGCAUGCCUCUCCCUCCCUGCCGCUCCCAACGCCAUGCCUCUCCCUCCCUGCCGCUCCAACGCCAUGCCUCUCCCUCCCUGCCGCUCCCAACGCCAUGCCUCUCCCUCCCUGCCGCUCCAACGCCAUGCCUCUCCCUCCCUGCCGCUCCCAACGCCAUGCCUCUCCCUCCCUGCCGCUCCCAACGCCAUGCCUCUCCCUCCCUGCCGCUCCCAACGCCAUGCCUCUCCCUCCCUGCCGCUCCCAACGCCAUUGCCUCUCCCUCCCUGCCGCUCCCAACGCCAUGCCUCUCCCUCCCUGCCGCUCCCAACGCCAUGCCUCUCCCUCCCUGCCGCUCCCAACGCCAUGCCUCUCCCUCCCUGCCGCUCCCAACGCCAUGCCUCUCCCUCCCUGCCGCUCCCAACGCCAUGCCUCUCCCUCCUGCCGCUCCCAACGCCAUGCCUCUCCCUCCCUGCGCUCCCAACGCCAUAGCCUCUCCCUCCCUGCCGCUCCCAACGCCAUGGCCUCUCCCUCCCUGCCGCUCCCAACGCCAUGCCUCUCCCUCCCUGCCGCUCCCAACGCCAUGCCUCUCCCUCCCUGCCGCUCCCAACGCCAUGCCUCUCCCUCCUGCCGCUCCCACGCCAUGCCUCUCCCUCCCUGCCGCUCCCAACGCCAUGCCUUCUCCCUCCCCUGCCGCUCCCAACGCCAUGCCUCUCCUCCCUGCCGCUCCCAACGCCAUGCCUCUCCCUCCCUGCCGCUCCCAACGCCAUGCCUCUCCCUCCCUGCCGCUCCCAACGCCAUGCCUCUCCCUCCCUGCCGCUCCCAAACGCCAUGCCUCUCCCUCCCUGCCGCUCCCAACGCCAUGCCUCUCCCUCCCUGCCGCUCCCAACGCCAUGCUCUCCUCCUCCGCUCCCACGCCAUGCCUCUCCCUCCUGCCGCUCCCAACGCCAUGCCUCUCCCUCCCUGCCGCUCCCAACGCCAUGCCUCUCCCUCCCUGCCGCUCCCAACGCCAUGCCUCUCCCUCCCUGCCGCUCCCAACGCCAUGCCUCUCCCUCCCUGCCGCUCCCAACGCCAUGCCUCUCCCUCCCUGCCGCUCCCAACGCCAUGCCUCUCCCUCCCUGCCGCUCCCAACGCCAUGCCUCUCCCUCCCUGCCGCUCCCAACGCCAUGCCUCUCCCUCCCUGCCGCUCCCAACGCCAUGCCUCUCCCUCCCUGCCGCUCCCAACGCCAUGCCUCUCCCUCCCUGCCGCUCCCAACGCCAUGCCUCUCCCUCCCUGCCGCUCCCAACGCCAUGCCUCUCCCUCCCUGCCGCUCCCAACGCCAUGCCUCUCCCUCCCUGCCGCUCCCAACGCCAUGCCUCUCCUCCCUGCCCUCACGCCAGCCUCUCCUCCUGCCGCUCCCAACGCCAUGCCUCUCCCUCCCUGCCGCUCCCAACGCCAUGCCUCUCCCUCCCUGCCGCUCCCAACGCCAUGCCUCUCCCUCCCUGCCGCUCCCAACGCCAUGCCUCUCCCUCCCUGCCGCUCCCAACGCCAUGCCUCUCCCUCCCUGCCGCUCCCAACGCCAUGCCUCUCCCUCCCUGCCGCUCCCAACGCCAUGCCUCUCCCUCCCUGCCGCUCCCAACGCCAUGCCUCUCCCUCCCUGCCGCUCCCAACGCCAUGCCUCUCCCUCCCUGCCGCUCCCAACGCCAUGCCUCUCCCUCCCUGCCGCUCCCAACGCCAUGCCUCUCCCUCCCUGCCGCUCCCAACGCCAUGCCUCUCCCUCCCUGCCGCUCCCAACGCCAUGCCUCUCCCUCCCUGCCGCUCCCAACGCCAUGCCUCUCCCUCCCUGCCGCUCCCAACGCCAUGCCUCUCCCUCCCUGCCGCUCCCAACGCCAUGCCUCUCCCUCCCUGCCGCUCCCAACGCCAUGCCUCUCCCUCCCUGCCGCUCCCAACGCCAUGCCUCUCCCUCCCUGCCGCUCCCAACGCCAUGCCUCUCCCUCCCUGCCGCUCCCAACGCCAUGCCUCUCCCUCCCUGCCGCUCCCAACGCCAUGCCUCUCCCUCCCUGCCGCUCCCAACGCCAUGCCUCUCCCUCCCUGCCGCUCCCAACGCCAUGCCUCUCCCUCCCUGCCGCUCCCACGCCAUGCCUCUCCCUCCCUGCCGCUCCCAACGCCAUGCCUCUCCCUCCCUGCCGCUCCCAACGCCAUGCCUCUCCCUCCCUGCCGCUCCCAACGCCAUGCCUCUCCCUCCCUGCCGCUCCCAACGCCAUGCCUCUCCCUCCCUGCCGCUCCCAACGCCAUGCCUCUCCCUCCCUGCCGCUCCCAACGCCAUGCCUCUCCCUCCCUGCCGCUCCAACGCCAUGCCUCUCCCUCCCUGCCGCUCCCAACGCCAUGCCUCUCCCUCCCUGCCUCUCCCUACCCAUGCCUCUCCCUCCCUGCCUCUCCCUCCCUGCCUCUCCCUCCCUGCCUCUCCCUCCCUGCCUCUCCCUCCCUGCCUCUCCCUCCCUGCCUCUCCCUCCCUGCCCUCUCCCUCCCUGCCUCUCCCUCCCUGCCUCUCCCUCCUGCCUCUCCCUCCCUGCCUCUCCCUCCCUGCCUCUCCCUCCCUGCCUCUCCCUCCCUGCCUCUCCCUCCCUGCCUCUCCCUCCCUGCCUCUCCCUCCCUGCCUCUCCCUCCCUGCCUCUCCCUCCCUGCCUCUCCCUCCCUGCCUCUCCCUCCCUGCCUCUCCCUCCCUGCCUCUCCCUCCCUGCCUCUCCCUCCCUGCCUCUCCCUCCCUGCCUCUCCCUCCCUGCCUCUCCCUCCCUGCCUCUCCCCUCCCUGCCUCUCCCUCCCUGCCUCUCCCUCCCUGCCUUCUCCCUCCCUGCCUCUCCCUCCCUGCCUCUCCCUCCCUGCCUCUCCCUCCCUGCCUCUCCCUCCCUGCCUCUCCCUCCCUGCCUCUCCCUCCCUGCCUCUCCCUCCCUGCCUGCUCUCCCUCCCUGCCUCUCCCUCCCUGCCUCUCCCUCCCUGCCUCUCCCUCCCUGCCUCUCCUCCCUGCCUCUCCCUCCCUGCCUCUCCCUCCCUGCCUCUCCCUCCCUGCCUCUCCCUCCCUGCCUCUCCCUCCCUGCCUCUCCCUCCCUGCCUCUCCCCUCCCUGCCGCUCCCAACGCCAUGCCUCUCCCUCCCUGCCUCUCCCUCCCUGCCUCUCCCUCCCUGCCUCUCCCUCCCUGCCUCUCCCUCCCUGCCGCUCCCAACGCCAUGCCUCUCCCUCCCUGCCUCUCCCUCCCUGCCUCUCCCUCCCUGCCUCUCCCUCCCUGCCUCUCCCUCCCUGCCUCUCCCUCCCUGCCGCUCCCAACGCCAUGCCUCUCCCUCCCUGCCUCUCCCUCCCUGCCUCUCCCUCCCUGCCUCUCCCUCCCUGCCUCUCCCUCCCUGCCGCUCCCAACGCCAUGCCUCUCCCUCCCUGCCUCUCCCCUCCCUGCCUCUCCCUCCCUGCCUCUCCCUCCCUGCCUCUCCCUCCCCUGCCUCUCCCUCCCUGCCUCUCCCUCCCUGCCUCUCCCUCCCUGCCGCUCCCAACGCCAUGCCUCUCCCUCCCUGCCUCUCCCUCCCUGCCUCUCCCUCCCCUGCCUCUCCCUCCCUGCCUCUCCCUCCCUGCCUCUCCCUCCCUGCCUCUCCCUCCCUGCCUCUCCCUCCCUGCCUCUCCCUCCCUGCCUCUCCCUCCCUGCCUCUCCCUCCCUGCCUCUCCCUCCCUGCCUCUCCCUCCCUGCCUCUCCCUCCCUGCCUCUCCCUCCCUGCCUCUCCCUCCCUGCCUCUCCCUCCCUGCCGCUCCCAACGCCAUGCCUCUCCCUCCCUGCCUCUCCCUCCCUGCCUCUCCCUCCCUGCCUCUCCCUCCCUGCCCGCUCCCAACGCCAUGCCUCUCCCUCCCUGCCUCUCCCUCCCUGCCUCUCCCUCCCUUGCCUCUCCCUCCCUGCCUCUCCCUCCCUGCCUCUCCCUCCCUGCCGCUCCCAACGCCAUGCCUCUCCCUCCCUGCCUCUCCCUCCCUGCCUCUCCCUCCCUGCCUCUCCCUCCCUGCCUCUCCCUCCCUGCCGCUCCCAACGCCAUGCCUCUCCCUCCCUGCCUCUCCCUCCCUGCCUCUCCCUCCCUGCCUCUCCCUCCCUGCCUCUCCCUCCCUGCCUCUCCCUCCCUGCCUCUCCCUCCCUGCCUCUCCCUCCCUGCCUCUCCCUCCCUGCCUCUCCCUCCCUGCCUCUCCCUCCCUGCCUCUCCCUCCCUGCCUCUCCCUCCCUGCCGCUCCCAACGCCAUGCCUCUCCCUCCCUGCCUCUCCCUCCCUGCCUCUCCCUCCCUGCCUCUCCCUCCCUGCCUCUCCCUCCCUGCCGCUCCCAACGCCAUGCCUCUCCCUCCCUGCCUCUCCCUCCCUGCCUCUCCCUCCCUGCCUCUCCCUCCUGCCUCCCCCUGGCCUCUCCCUCCCUGCCUCUCCCUCCCUGCCUCUCCCUCCCUGCCUCUCCCUCCCUGCCUCUCCCUCCCUGCCUCUCCCUCCCUGCCCUCUCCCUCCCUGCCUCUCCCUCCCUGCCUCUCCCUCCCUGCCUCUCCCUCCCUGCCUCUCCCUCCCUGCCUCUCCUCCCUGCCUCUCCCUCCCUGCCUCUCCCUCCCUGCCGCUCCACGCCAUGCCUCUCCCUCCCUGCCUCUCCCCUCCCUGCCUCUCCCUCCCUGCCUCUCCCUCCCUGCCUCUCCCUCCCUGCCUCUCCCUCCCUGCCUCUCCCUCCCUGCCUCUCCCUCCCUGCCUCUCCCUCCCUGCCUCUCCCUCCCUGCCUCUCCCUCCCUGCCUCUCCCUCCCUGCCUCUCCCUCCCUGCCUCUCCCUCCCUGCCUCUCCCUCCCUGCCUCUCCCUCCCUGCCUCUCCCUCCCUGCCUCUCCCUCCCUGCCGCUCCCAACGCCAUGCCUCUCCCUCCCUGCCUCUCCCUCCCUGCCUCUCCCUCCCUGCCUCUCUCCCUCCCUGCCGCUCCCAACGCCAUGCCUCUCCCUCCCUGCCUCUCCCUCCCUGCCUUCUCCCUCCUGCCUCUCCCUCCCUGCCUCUCCAUCCCUGCUCUCCUCCCUGCCUCUCCUCCCUGCCGCUCCCAACGCCAUGCCCUCUCCGCUCCCUGCCUCUCCCUCCCUGCCUCUCCCUCCCUGCCUCUCCCUCCUGCCUCUCCUCCCUGCCUCUCCCUCCCUGCCUCUCCCUCCCUGCCUCUCCCUCCCUGCCGCUCCCAACGCCAUGCCUCUCCCUCCCUUGCCUCUCCCUCCCUGCCUCUCCCUCCCUGCCUCUCCCGCCCUGCCUCUCCCUCCCUGCCUCUCCCCAACGCCAUGCCUCUCCCUCCCUGCCUCUCCUCCCUGCCUCUCCCUCCCUGCCUCUCCUCCCUGCUCUCCCUCCAUGCCUCUCUCCCUCCCUGCCGCUCCCACGCCCAUGCCUCUCCCUCCCUGCCUCUCCCUCCCUGCCUCUCCCUCCUGCCUCUCCCUCCCUGCCUCUCCCUCCCUGCCGCUCCACUGCCAUGCCUCUCCCCUCCCUCUCCCUCUCCCCUGCCUCUCCCUCCCUGCCUCUCCCUCCCUGCCUCUCCCUCCCUGCCUCUCCCUCCCUGCCUCUCCCUCCCUGCCUCUCCCUCCCUGCCUCUCCCUCCCUGCCGCUCCCUCCCUGCCUCUCCCUCCCUGCCUCUCCUCCCUGCCUCUCCCUCCCUGCCUCUCCUCCCUGCCUCUCCUCCCUGCCUCUCCCUCCCUGCCUCUCCCUCCCUGCCUCUCCUCCCUGCCUCUCCUCCCUGCCUCUCCCUCCCUGCCCUGCCAGGCUCCAACGCCAUGCCUCUCCCUCCCUGCCUCUCCCUCCCUGCCUCUCCCUCCCUGCCUCUCCCUCCCUGCCUCUCCUCCCUGCCUCUCCCUCCCUGCCUCUCCCUCCCUGCCUCUCCCUCCCUGCCUCUCCCUCCCUGCCUCUCCCUCCCUGCCUCUCCCUCCCUGCCUCUCCCUCCCUGCCUCUCCCUCCCUGCCUCUCCCUCCCUGCCUCUCCCUCCCUGCCUCUCCCUCCCUGCCUCUCCUCCCUGCCGCUCCCAACGCCAUGCCUCUCCCUCCCUGCCUCUCCCUCCCUGCCUCUCCCUCCCUGCCUCUCCCUCCCUGCCUCUCCCUCCCUGCCGCUCCCAACGCCAUGCCUCUCCCUCCCUGCCUCUCCCUCCCUGCCUCUCCCUCCCUGCCUCUCCCUCCCUGCCUCUCCCUCCCUGCCUCUCCCUCCCUGCCGCUCCCACGCCAUGCCUCUCCCUCCCUGCCUCUCCCUCCCUGCCUCUCCCUCCCUGCCUCUCCCUCCCUGCCUCUCCCUCCCUGCCUCUCCCUCCCUGCCUCUCCCUCCCUGCCUCUCCCUCCCUGCCGCUCCAACGCCAUGCCUCUCCCUCCUGCCUCUCCCUCCCUGCCUCUCCCUCCCUGCCUCUCCCUCCCUGCCUCUCCCUCCCUGCCGCUCCCAACGCCAUGCCUCUCCCUCCCUGCCUCUCCCUCCCUGCCUCUCCCUCCCUGCCUCUCCCUCCCUGCCUCUCCCUCCCUGCCUCUCCCUCCCUGCCGCUCCCAACGCCAUGCCUCUCCCUCCCUGCCUCUCCCUCCCUGCCUCUCCCUCCCUGCCUCUCCCUCCCUGCCUCUCCCUCCCUGCCUCUCCCUCCCUGCCUCUCCCUCCCUGCCUCUCCCUCCCUGCCGCUCCAACGCCAUGCCUCUCCCUCCCUGCCUCUCCCUCCCUGCCUCUCCCUCCCUGCCUCUCCCUCCCUGCCUCUCCCUCCCUGCCGCUCCAACGCCAUGCCUCUCCCUCCCUGCCUCUCCCUCCCUGCCUCUCCCUCCCUGCCUCUCCCUCCCUGCCUCUCCCUCCCUGCCUCUCCCUCCCUGCCGCUCCCAACGCCAUGCCUCUCCCUCCCUGCCUCUCCCUCCCUGCCUCUCCCUCCCUGCCUCUCCCUCCCUGCCUCUCCCUCCCUGCCGCUCCCACGCCAUGCCUCUCCCUCCCUGCCUCUCCCUCCCUGCCUCUCCCUCCCUGCCUCUCCCUCCCUGCCUCUCCCUCCCUGCCUCUCCCUCCCUGCCUCUCCCUCCCUGCCUCUCCCUCCCUGCCUCCCCUCCCUGCCCUCCCUGCCUCUCCCUCCCUGCCUCUCCCUCCUGCCUCUCCCUCCCUGCUCUCCUCCUGCCUCUCCUCCUGCCUCUCCCUCCCUGCCUCUCCCUCCCUGCCUCUCCCUCCCUGCCUCUCCCUCCCUGCCUCUCCCUCCCUGCCUCUCCCUCCCUGCCUCUCCCUCCCUGCCUCUCCCUCCCUGCCUCUCCUCCCUGCCUCUCCCUCCCUGCCUCUCCCUCCCUGCCUCUCCCUCCCUGCCUCUCCCUCCCUGCCUCUCCCUCCCUGCCGCUCCAACGCCAUGCCUCUCCCUCCCUGCCUCUCCCUCCCUGCCUCUCCCUCCCUGCCUCUCCCUCCCUGCCUCUCCCUCCCUGCCUCUCCCUCCCUGCCUCUCCCUCCCUGCCUCUCCCUCCCUGCCUCUCCCUCCCUGCCUCUCCCUCCCUGCCUCUCCCUCCCUGCCUCUCCCUCCCUGCCUCUCCCUCCCUGCCUCUCCCUCCCUGCCUCUCCCUCCCUGCCUCUCCCUCCCUGCCAUCUCCCUCCCUGCCGCUCCACGCCAUGCCUCUCCCUCCCUGCCUCUCCCUCCCUGCCUCUCCCUCCCUGCCUCUCCCUCCCUGCCUCUCCCUCCCUGCCUCUCCCUCCCCUGCCUCUCCCUCCUGCCUCUCCCUCCCUGCCUCUCCCUCCCUGCCUCUCCCUCCCUGCCUCUCCCUCCCUGCCUCUCCCUCCCUGCCUCUCCCUCCUGCCUCUCCCUCCCUGCCUCUCCUCCCUGCCUCUCCCUCCCUGCCUCUCCCUCCCUGCCUCUCCCUCCCUGCCUCUCCCUCCCUGCCUCUCCCUCCCUGCCUCUCCCUCCCUGCCUCUCCCUCCCUGCCUCUCCCUCCCUGCCUCUCCCUCCCUGCCUCUCCCUCCCUGCCUCUCCCUCCCUGCCUCUCCCUCCCUGCCUCUCCCUCCCUGCCGCUCCCAACGCCAUGCCUCUCCCUCCCUGCCUCUCCCUCCCUGCCUCUCCCUCCCUGCCUCUCCCUCCCUGCCUCUCCCUCCCUGCCGCUCCCAACGCCAUGCCUCUCCCUCCCUGCCUCUCCCUCCCUGCCUCUCCCUCCCUGCCUCUCCCUCCCUGCCUCUCCCUCCCUGCCUCUCCCUCCCUGCCUCUCCCUCCCUGCCUCUCCCUCCCUGCCUCUCCCUCCCUGCCUCUCCCUCCCUGCCUCUCCCUCCCUGCCUCUCCCUCCCUGCCGCUCCCAACGCCAUGCCUCUCCCUCCCUGCCUCUCCCUCCCUGCCUCUCCCUCCCUGCCUCUCCCUCCCUGCCUCUCCCUCCCUGCCUCUCCCUCCCUGCCUCUCCCUCCCUGCUCUCCCUCCCUGCCUCUCCCUCCCUGCCUCUCCCUCCCUGCCUCUCCCUCCCUGCCUCUCCCUCCCUGCCUCUCCCUCCCUGCCUCUCCCUCCCUGCCUCUCCCUCCCUGCCUCUCCCUCCCUGCCUCUCCCUCCCUGCCUCUCCCUCCCUGCCUCUCCCUCCCUGCCUCUCCCUCCCUGCCUCUCCCUCCCUGCCUCUCCCUCCCUGCCUCUCCCUCCCUGCCUCUCCCUCCCUGCCUCUCCCUCCCUGCCUCUCCCUCCCUGCCUCUCCCUCCCUGCCUCUCCCUCCCUGCCUCUCCCUCCCUGCCUCUCCCUCCCUGCCUCUCCCUCCCUGCCUCUCCCUCCCUGCCUCUCCCUCGCCUGCCUCUCCCUCCCUGCCUCUCCCUCCCUGCUCUCCCUCUGCCUCCCUCCCUCUCCCUCCCUGCCUCUCCCUCCCUGCCUCUCCCUCCCUGCCUCUCCCUCCCUGCCUCUCCCUCCCUGCCUCUCCCUCCCUGCCUCUCCCUCCCUGCCUCUCCCUCCCUGCCUCUCCCUCCCUGCCUCUCCCUCCCUGCCUCUCCCUCCCUGCCUCUCCCUCCCUGCCUCUCCCUCCCUGCCUGCCUCUCCCUCCCAUGCCUCUCCCUCCCUGCCUCUCCCUCCCUGCCUCUCCCUCCCUGCCUCUCCCUCCCUGCCUCUCCCUCCCUGCCUCUCCCUCCCUGCCUCUCCCUCCCUGCCUCUCCCUCCCUGCCUCUCCCUCCCUGCCUCUCCCUCCCUGCCUCUCCCUCCCUGCCUCUCCCUCCCUGCCUCUCCCUCCCUGCCUCUCCUCCCUGCCCUCUCCCUCCCUGCCCUCUCCCUCCCUGCCUCACCUCUCCCUCCCUGCCUCUCCCUCCCUGCCUCUCCCUCCCUGCCUCUCCCUCCCUGCCUCUCCCUCCCUGCCUCUCCCUCCCUGCCUCUCCCUCCCUGCCUCUCCCUCCCUGCCUCUCCCUCCCUGCCUCUCCCUCCCUGCCUCUCCCUCCCUGCCUCUCCCUCCCUGCCUCUCCCUCCCUGCCUCUCCCUCCCUGCCCCUGCCUCUCCCUCCCUGCCUCUCCCUCCCUGCCUCUCCCUCCCUGCCUCUGCCUCUCCCUCCCUGCCUCUGCCUCUCCCUCCCUCCCUGCCUCUCCCUCCCUGCCUCUGCCUCUCCCUCCCUGCCUCUGCCUCUCCCUCCCUGCCUCUGCCUCUCCCUCCCUGCCUCUGCCUCUCCCUCCCUGCCUCUGCCUCUCCCUCCCUGCCUCUGCCUCUCCCUCCCUGCCUCUGCCUCUCCCUCCCUGCCUCUGCCUCUCCCUCCCUGCCUCUGCCUCUCCCUCCCUGCCUCUGCCUCUCCCUCCCUGCCUCUGCCUCUCCCUCCCUGCCUCUGCCUCUCCCUCCCUGCCUCUGCCUCUCCCUCCCUGCCUCUGCCUCUCCCUCCCUGCCUCUGCCUCUCCCUCCCUGCCUCUGCCUCUCCCUCUCUGCCUCUCCCUCCCUGCCUCUGCCUCUCCCUCCCUGCCUCUCCCUCCCUGCCUCUCCCUCCCUGCCUCUCCCUCCCUGCCUCUCCCUCCCUGCCUCUCCCUCCCUGCCUCUCCCUCCCUGCCUCUCCCUCCCUGCCUCUCCCUCCCUGCCUCUGCCUCUCCCUCCCUGCCUCUCCCUCCCUGCCUCUGCCUCUCCCUCCCUGCCUCUCCCUCCCUGCCUCUCCCUCCCUGCCUCUCCCUCCCUGCCUCUCCCUCCCGAGCUGA